UUCGGCAAGCCGCGCGGGCGUUAGCUCAUGCGGCCGGCCCCAGGCGCACUGUGCGUGGUGAGCGAGCGCGGCGAAGAGCGGCUGCGCUCCUGCCACCUCUGCAACGCGUCCGAUCCCAAGAAGGCGCACCCGCCCGCCUUCCUCACCGACCUCAACAACCCGCACAACCUGACGUGCUGGCAGUCCGAGAACUACCUGCAGUUCCCGCACAACGUCACGCUCACGCUGUCGCUGGGCAAGAAGUUCGAGGUGACUUACGUGAGCCUCCAGUUCUGCUCGCCACGGCCCGAGUCCAUGGCCAUCUACAAGUCCAUGGACUACGGGCGCACGUGGGUGCCCUUCCAGUACUACUCCACGCAGUGCCGCAAGAUGUACAACCGGCCGCACCGCGCGCCCAUCACCAAGCAGAACGAGCAGGAGGCCGUCUGCACGGACUCGCACACGGACAUGCGCCCGCUCUCCGGCGGCCUCAUCGCCUUCAGCACGCUGGACGGGCGGCCCUCGGCGCACGACUUCGACAACUCGCCGGUGCUGCAGGACUGGGUCACGGCCACCGACAUCCGAGUGGCUUUUAGCCGCUUGCACACGUUCGGCGACGAGAACGAGGACGACUCGGAGCUGGCGCGGGACUCCUACUUCUAUGCAGUGUCCGACCUGCAGGUGGGCGGCCGCUGCAAGUGCAACGGCCACGCGGCCCGCUGCGUGCGCGACCGCGACGACAGCCUGGUGUGCGACUGCAGGCACAACACGGCGGGUCCCGAGUGCGACCGCUGCAAGCCCUUCCACUACGAUCGGCCCUGGCAACGCGCCACCGCCCGCGAGGCCAACGAGUGCGUGGCCUGCAGCUGCAACCUGCACGCCCGGCGCUGCCGCUUCAACAUGGAGCUCUACAAGCUGUCGGGACGCAAGAGCGGGGGCGUCUGCCUCAACUGCCGCCACAACACGGCCGGCCGCCACUGCCACUACUGCAAGGAGGGCUACUACCGCGACAUGGGCAAGCCCAUCACCCACCGGAAGGCCUGCAAAGCCUGCGACUGCCACCCCGUGGGCGCUGCUGGCAAAACCUGCAACCAAACCACCGGCCAGUGUCCCUGCAAGGACGGCGUGACCGGCAUCACCUGCAACCGCUGCGCCAAAGGCUACCAGCAGAGCCGCUCCCCCAUCGCCCCCUGCAUAAAGAUCCCCGUGGCGCCGCCCACCACUGCAGCCAGCAGCGUGGAGGAGCCGGAAGACUGUGAUUCCUACUGCAAGGCCUCCAAAGGGAAGCUGAAGAUUAACAUGAAAAAGUACUGCAAGAAGGACUAUGGUGAGUGA